AUCCAUUUGUUUUCUAUUCCUGUUACUGUUAAUCUUAUACCUUAAACUAUAUCACCUAGUCACAAAUUAUACCUUUUUCAUCAUCUAUUCAAUGUUGUUGGAAGAAACAGAACCACCAAACCAGACUCUAGAUCAUGUCCUAAGCUGGCUUGAGGAUUCUGUUUCCUUAUCCCCAUUACCAGGAUUCGAUGAUUCUUGUUUGCUCCACGAGUUUGAUGGGACUCAAACGUGGGAAUGGGAUCAGACUCAAGAUCCGGAACAUGGUUUUAUUCAAAGCUAUAGUCAAGAUCUUAGUGCAUAUGUGGAGUUUGAAGCAACUAACCUGGAAGUGGUAACAGAAGCUCCAUCCAUUGAUUUGGAUCCUCCACCUGAACUUCAGCAACAAAAUGAUCAGUCCAGGAAAAGGAGCCGCGACGGGGUUAUCGAUGCAGAACAGGUGAAAAAAUCGGCAAGGAGCAAGAGAAAAGCAAUCAAGUCUAGUGAGAAGAGCUGCAAAGAUGGUAAUAAGGAAGGUAGAUGGGCAGAGAAAUUGCUUAACCCUUGUGCCUUGGCCAUUACGGCAAGUAACUCAUCAAGGGUUCAACAUUACCUUUGUGUUCUCUCUGAACUGGCCUCUUCUUCUGGCGAUGCUAAUCGCCGGCUUGCAGCUUUUGGUCUUCGGGCUUUGCAACAUCAUAUUCCCUCAUCAUCCUCUGUGUCAUCAUCCUUUUGGCCUGUUUUUACUUUUGCUUCAGCAGAAGUGAAGAUGUUUCAAAAGACUCUGCUUAAGUUCUACGAGGUAAGCCCUUGGUUUGCUUUGCCUAAUAACAUGGCAAACUCAGCUAUCCUGCAGAUUCUAGCACAGUAUCCCUUAGAUAAAAAGGAUCUUCAUAUUCUUGAUAUUGGUGUUUCUCACGGUAUGCAAUGGCCCACUUUGUUGGAGGCUCUGAGCUGCAGACCAGAAGGACCUCCUCCUUGUGUUCGAAUAACCGUUGUAUCUGAUCUAACCGCAGACAUACCUUUCUCUGUCGGUCCACCAGGUUACAAUUAUGGUUUUCAACUCCUUGGCUUUGCUCGGUGUCUCAAGAUCAACCUUCAGAUUAGUGUAGUUGACAAGUUCCAGCUCAUUGAUACCUCACCUCACGAGACCUUAAUAGUCUGUGUUCAGUUUAGGCUGCAUCCCCUGAAGCAUAGCAUCCCUGAUGAGAGAGGCGAGACUUUGAAAGCACUGAGAAGCUUGGGGCCAAAAGGAGUGGUUCUUUGUGAGAACAAUGGAGAAUGUAGUGCCAGUGGGGACUUUGCAGCAGGAUUCUCGAAGAAACUUGAGUAUCUAUGGAAGUUUCUGGAUUCAACAAGCUCAGGAUUUAAAGAAGAGAAUAGCGAAGAGAGAAAACUAAUGGAAGGAGAGGCAACAAAGGUGUUGAUGAAUACAGGAGAGCUGAAUGAAGGAAAAGAUAAAUGGUAUGAGAGGAUGAGAGAAGCUGGUUUUGCCGCAGAAGCAUUUGGAGAAGAUGCAAUUGAUGGAGCCAAAUCUUUACUGAGAAAAUAUGACAACAACUGGGAAAUAAGAAUGGAAGAUGGAGAUACCUUUGCUGGAUUAAUGUGGAAAGGAGAGGCAGUUUCCUUUUGUUCAUUGUGGAAGUAGCUAGCUUCUUUGUGUUUGUAUCUUAGCUUCCAAAUUAAAGGCUUGUGUAAAUUGUUAUCUGAAAUGUUAUUUUACUGUGAAGUAGACAAUUAAUGCACUAUUUUCCA